AAGCGAGAGAGUGAGAGAGAGACACGUUUUCAGAGCUGUCUCAAUUCUCUCACAAUUAUUAUUAUUUUUAUUAUUAUUAUUAUUAUUAUUAUUUUCUUGUGUGUGAAGUGCAGUGAAGAAAGCAAACAAACAAACAAACAAACAAACAAAACAAGGAAAACAACAUCAUCAUCAACAAAAACAACAACAACAACUUCCAACAUGGCGCCCGUCACUCCGUCCCUUAUUUUCGCUUAUUUUCUCACUUUUGGAGGCACUGGGGGGGCGGAGGGGCCAGGAGGAGGUGCAGGAGAGGUGGAGGGAGGAGUAGGAGGUGGAGGAGGAGGUGUGGAGGGGCCAGGAGUAGCUGUGGAGGAAAAAAUAAGGAGGGAAAUUCCUCUUAUUUCUCUUCCUUCUCCACUUCCUCCUUCUCUUUCUCCGCCAUCUUGUUUUGGUGAGAGAGAGAAUAGGUCUGUGAUCUGUCCUCCUCCUCCUCCUUCUCCUCCUUCUCCUUCUUCUGUGGUUUCUCAAGCAAUCGUAGGAGGAGAAGAAGGAGGAAUGAAGAAGAAGAAGGAAGAUAAGAAGGAGGAAGAAGAAAACGGGAAGAAAGAAGAAGAAGAAAACGAGAAGACAAAGAAAAUGGAAGACUUAGAAGAAAGGAAAACGGGGCAUCAAAACAGGACUAGAUUCUGUAACACCCCAGACUACAACAAAGAGGAAGAAGAGGAGGAAGAAGAGGAAGAAGACCACCCCAAUCACCACUACCACAACGCAACCUCCACCACAGCCGACCACCACAACCAGGACCGUCCCCGCAAAAGGCGAUAUACUCUCCAAGGCAAUAAAUGGGGCAAGAAAGAGCUUCGUUGGACACUUCGAAAGGCCAGUCGGGGAACAAAGCAUAUGAGUGAAGGGACUAUUCGACAACAGUUACAGGAAGCCGUGGAUCUCUGGGCAGGGGCAUCCGCGCUGAAGUUUAUCGAAGUUCACCCGCAAGACAAGAACGUUGACAUAUACGUUAGCUUCGAGGAGGGAGACCACGGGUGUGGCUACAAAUUUGACGGCCCCGGGGGAACGCUAGCCCAUGCCUUCUACCCCGGGCCAGGCAAGGGCGGGGAUGUCCACUUCGACGCUGCAGAGGAGUUUGUCGCGCACUUAGAGAGGAAGAAGACUGGAAAGAGUAGUUUUUUAGUGACCGCUGCGCACGAACUUGGUCAUUCUUUAGGCAUCAUGCACAGCGACGUGGCAUCGGCCCUGAUGGUGCCCUUCUACCAGGACUUCCCCGACGUGUUCCCCCUGCCCGAGGACGACGUGCGCGCCAUCAGGGUGCUGUACGGCCCGCCCGACCAUGCCGCCACGCUGCCGCCGCCGCCGCCGCCCCCGCCUACCACCACCACCACCACUACCACCCGCCGGCCCCCUCCCCCGCCAAGACCCAGGCCCACCACCACCCGCCGGCCCCCUCCCCCGCCCAGAACCUGGCCUACCCGUCCCCCACACCCACGCCCGCAGCCCACUACCCUCCCGCCGCCCCGCCCUCCUCGUCCCCCACACACACGCCCGCCCCCCCGCACCACCUCCACCACCCCGCCGCCCCCCCGCCGCGGCGCCUGCCCCCUGCCGCGGCCGCCCCCCGGGAGGGACGCCGCUGAGUCGCCGUGUUCGCCGCUGCCGUUCGACGCCGCCACACAGUACCGCGGCGAGCUGUUCUUCUUCCGCGGCGCGCACUACUGGCGGCUGGGGCGCGGCGCGGCCACCCACCCCUACGAGUACCCCGGGACCAUCGUGCGCCGCUUCCCGCCGCUGCGCCGCGUGGACGCCGCCUACGUCAGCGCCGCGCGGCGCCUGGUGCUGUUCCAGGGCGCGGAGUUCUUCGAGCUGGGCGGCGACCUGCGCGUGGCGCGGCGCGGCGGCCUGGCGGAACUGGGCGUGGACGCGCCGCGCCUGGACGCCGCCAUGGUGUGGGGCCACAACGGGCGCGUGUACCUGUUCAGCGGGCAUCGGUACUGGCGCCUGGGCCCCGACGGCACCGCCGAGCGCGACUACCCGCGGCACACCGCCGUGUGGCGCGGGGUGCCCGCCAACCUGUCGGCGGCGCUCACGCAGGGCACGCACACUUACUUCCUGGCCGGCGCCGUCUUCUGGGAGUUCGACAGCUUUGCCAUGCGCGUGACGCAGCAGCCCCUGCUGGCCGCCCCGCACUGGCUGGCCUGCCCCGCCGCCGUCAGCCCCCGCAAACUCGUCCAGUGCUCGGGGGGGCGCCGCGCCCGCCUCCACGCCCUGCUGCUGCUGCUGAUGAUGAUGAUGCCGAUGCUCCACCCCCGUGCCGCGCCCUGAGGCACGCGGCCACAGGGACGCACGGGCCGCCGGUCACCCCGGGGACUCCCGCAGGACGCCACACAGCCACCCACCGACACACGCACGAACAACUGGACGAGGAACCAACACACGAACACACCAACGCCCGGACCAGCGAACCAGUGAAGCAACGCUCGAACCAGUGAACACACACACACACACA